AUGUUGGCAUUGAUAGAAGAAUUGCGUGCUUGGUUACUACGGUUGUUUUAUCGCAUCAUGCAGGAUCUCUGUCAGGCAUCGAAAGAAGGAAAUGUUGACAAAGUUAGUCAACUGGUUAAGCAGAAAAUUGACAUCAAUGAACUCCCAAAAUGUUUGUCUUCCAACUCCGAAAUUCACAGUGAUUGGACAGCUCUUAUGCAUGCUGUGUAUUACCACCAUGUGGUUGUGUGUGAAGAGCUGCUUCGAGUUCGUGCUGACCCUGACCGAGAAGAUGGAGAUGGAAACACUGCUAUACACAUUGCAGUUAGAAUAAACGAUGAGCAUAUGUGUAGAGACAUGGUUUGCUUGUUGGCUCGUCAUGGUGCUAAUGUGAAUGCAGUGAAUCGAAGAGGUGAGACUGCAGCCCAUGUUGCUGCUGGGAAUGACGAUGUGACUACACUGCAGGAAUUAUGGAGUCAUGGGGCUGAUUUUAGCUUGAGAAACAUUGAGGGCAAGAGACCAUUGGAAGUUGCUCAAGAUAAGAAAGUGAUUUUGAAGACAAGGAAAGCUCCUGCAUUUCUACAGUCGUGUAUGGCAAGAUUACAGCCUCGCCACAGAUGUCUCACGAGAGGAGAAGUUUUGCAGAAGAUGCAGGCGGCAGAAAAACAGAAUCAAAAGCAUAGUGAAGAGUUACGCAACAAAAACACUCAAAUCGAAUCAUUGAAACGAGAGGUACAGAGACUUGAGGCAGAGAGCAGAGAAUGGCAGGAAUUAUGUACAAAUGUAGCUAAGCGAAACAGACUAGACAAAGUGUAGCAAUUUUAGAUUGUUGCAAUUUGGCGUUUGCCAAUGACGAUUGUCGACUGUCUACAAGUACGUUAUUUGGACAAACAGUCAAGUGCAUCACUUAAUUAAUUUAGGCUGGUAUGGUAUGGUACAUGACGAUCGAGUGCAUAAACCAUACUCUAAUGUUGCUAUGCGUAUAUACAAUACGAGU